AUGGCCGAUCGAGGUGACGCAAGGGUUGUGCACGUCUUUGUUGAUGACCUCUCGGCGGUACUCGCUGAAGAUGUGCACGAAUGGUUGCGUAUUAUUGGGGACAUUGAUGAGUUGAAAAUGCGAUACGAUGCUUCCCGGCAACGGUCAUUUUACUGGGUUCGUUUCCACCAGAGUUCAGCGGCGCGGCUGGCGGUAGACCACCUUGAUGGCGAACGGCUGAAGAAUCAUGCCAUCGAAAUACACUCCAACGUGUUCAAGAAACAAACGGCUGCAGUGGCUACUCUAGAGGGCGCCGCGGGGGGCGUACAAGAGGAGAAAACUAAGUUGGAAAUGAAUCCAAAUCUCCCAAAGAACCACCUGAUGCCCCGCGACUUGCAAAUGGAUGAGCUGCUUGUACGUGCCAUUCCGGAAAUGUUGGAAACUAGCGAGCAGGCGGCUGAGGGCGGGGAGUUGCUGCAAAGACUGUUGGAGCUCCAGGAGUCGUACUGCCGCGCGCAAGAAUCGUUGGAGAGGACGACGGAAGGCAUUCGUGAGACGGAUGGAGAGUUGACGGCACUGCUUCGUGGUGAAACAACGGCAGCCACCGACGUUAGCGGCCCAUCUAGUGAAGGCUUUGUGCAGGGCAAUACCCCACUAGCGAGCGCACGGAUACGAAACGCGGUGCCGGUGCCGCUGUCCACUUGCGACCCCGCGGGGCUGCUAUCGAAACUCACCAGACACGUUGGUCCCGUUGCGGAUUACGCUUUCAGUUUUGCUUCCAACGGUGGCUCAUUCGCUACAGUCGUGGAGUUGUUCCAUCCUGACGAUGCCGACUUUGCGUUGGCCCUGCUGACAGGUCGGCGCAUGGUGUCAAAAAGCACGGAGAAGCACGCCGAUGCCGAAGAUGCGUUAGCGGCUCUUGUAGGAUUUGGUUGGGAGGCUGAGGCCUCGGUGGCUCCGCUGACCCCGCCAAGUGUACCACAAGCCUCCUUCGCCGCACAUAACAGGGUGGCCACCAUCUUGCGUUCCUGCCGGAGUGUGGCCUAG